CUAAUCCGUCAAUACAAAUACCUAUCAUCCCAGCAGUACCUAAUCGACCAGGCCCAUGACACUCUUCUGCCAAUCACAGUGCACACGAUCCACGUGCGAAGCAUCAGCGAACCCAGCCAACCCCGCGAAUCCAACCAAUCUAACCAAUCCAACCAAUCCAACCAAUCGAACCAAUCCAACCAACCAAUCAACCUGGACGACUCAUCAACCGAUUCGUUGAUAAUCGACGUCAAAAAAUCAAUGCAGAACUGCAGCAGGCAGGAAGGAACAGUGCUAAAUGCUUCCUACAACCUGUCAAUCCCUCGCAAAUACACCUUCAGAACCAAGAAAUCAGCAAGGGAGCUGUUCGACCUGAUGCCGGACAACCGCAGCGAACUGGAGAAGCUCUGCGUCGACGGGAUCCGCAGACUAGAAGGCUACAUCACCUACGGGUACGGCUUGAACAGCCUGGUCCAGGUCGCCGGGAUCAUCAAAGGGUUCUCCAAGCUGCUGGACAACGUCUCAGCUUCGGAAUCCUGGAUCCUGGAUGACAGUUCAAAGAAAUACUGGUUUAAAUUUGUGGUCUACUUGGCCAGGUUGCUGACCAUGUACCAGUUCAUCGGCAAUGACAAGAUCAUCAAGGACAUCUGCGUCAAGCUGGUGUCCAAGCUUGUUUCUGGACUAGACCAGGCCAUGGGCUGGAAGCUCCAGGGCUCGGAGGUCGUCUUCAUCGCGAUUCCGCGGGUGCUAAACCUCCUGUACACCAAGGACUUGAUGUUCCUUACAGAUAUCAGCAGCUACAAAUUCAAAUCCUUGGAGCGCUACUUAGACACUGAUCCAACAGAUCUUUCCGAUGAUCUGAUGCGCUUUGAAGGGUUCUACAAGAACCUUUACAACACUUUUAACAACUACGUUUGA